CAGGAAACAGAGUAUAUACCUUCCAAACCUGUUCCCCGUCUCUGUCCUGCCUGAAGCUCUCAUCCCCAAACACUUUACUUCUCACGUUCACUGGGCUUCGAGGAAGUAAAACAAACCACCGGCCAAAAUGUCUGCUAAAAAGAUGUCAUCGAGCCGUAGGAACUAUCUGAAGAGCUUGAUGCUCCAGAUCGCUGCAGGCUUGCUGGAGGUAGAGGCGGUCAUGGCUGAGGCAGAGAAGGCCAUGUACAUGGAGGAGAACUGCCCUGCCCCAGAAUUCUUGGUAUGCAUGGCAGAGCUCACGGACUUGUGCAAGAAGCUCCAUCAGAAUAUCGAAAAGAUUGAUGAGGAGAGAUACGACUUGUCAACCAAGGUGACCAAGUCCGAGAAGGAGGUUGAGGACUUGAAGCUGAAGGUAGUUGAGCUGAAUGGAAAGUUCAAGAAGCCCGCCCUGAAGAAGGUACGCAUGUCUGCUGAUGCUAUGCUCCAGGCUCUGCUGGGCUCCAAACACAAGGUGUCCAUGGAUCUGAGGGCCAACCUGAAACAAGUCAAGAAGGAGGUCAAGGAGGAGGUGAGUGUUGUUCUGGACACAAGAACAUCAUUCUAGUA